UACAGCAGACAGUAGCUAUAACUGAGCACUCAGCAAUUGUUUGGUCCAUGCAUGUUAAUGACUUAGAAUAAGACAGUCCCCCCGAUUCCUCAGGAAGCGGGUGCUGCAUGCCUUAACGCGCCCCGGCACUGCCUGCUGCCAUCCCCUCAGUCUCCGACACUAUACUGGAUGAGACAGGCUGCUGCUCCCACAGCGUCACAGGGGCACAGCCACACAUUCGCAGCUCCACAUCCAAACAGAUUGCAGCGUGUGCGGGUGACCAUGUGUCUGUAAUAGGCCCUCCCCUCACCCGGGCCGGAACACUCACGCAUCCCAUGCACGGCUGUAGCUGGCCCGGCCUCUCGCUGCUGGAUUUUGGGGUCUCCCAGUCAUGGACCUGCAGCUGCUGGAGCAUCGGGUGCGCGUAACCAGCAUUGACAAGUCCGGGCUGUGGUUCUACACUCACCCGCUCGUCAAGUUGUUGUUCUUACGGAACCGCACCAGGUGCAAGUUUUUUAGCUUGACGGAAACUCCUGAGGAUUACACACUGAUGCUGGAUGAGGAAGGAUUUCAAGAGCUCCCACAGUCUGAUUUCCUGCAUGUGGCGGAGAACACGUGGAGGGUCCUUAAUGUGCUGUCCAAUGGAGUACAGACUGGAGGUGUUACAAAGAUUGCAAAGUCUGUGAUUGCUCCCCUGGCCGAACAUAAUGUGUCUGUACUGAUGCUCUCCACCUACCAGACUGAUUACAUUCUGGUGCGGGAUGAUGAUCUGCCUGUGGUGUUCAACACACUUUUGGGUGAACUUAGGAUCUAUAGAGAGGAGAAUGGAGACUUGGUCCCAAUGAAUCUGAGUGAAUCCUGCAAUGGCUUGAAGAGCAAGAGCUUGUUUGAUCUCACAGUGCAUCCUGUGCAGAGUCCCGGGAACAGGUUCUGUAUUUUGACCAUGGAUCGUGACACGCUGCCAUCCAUUUCAACCAUUCUUUUAGACGUCCUCUUCUACUCCCAUGCAUCACAGGAAGGUUCCCUUGCAGCAUCACAGAACAGCGAAUCAUUCAACUUCUUUGCCUUCUCGUUCAUAGAUGGAUAUAUAUCCAUUGUCAUGGAUACAGAGAUACAGAAGAAAUUUCCGACUGAUCUUCUUCUGACAAGUUCCUCUGGGGAACUGUGGCGAAUGGUGAGAAUCGGUGGGCAGCCCCUUGGUUUUGAUGAGUGUGGAAUAGUGGCACAAAUAGCUGGGCCUCUAGCUGCAGAAGAUAUAUCGGCGUAUUAUAUUAGCACCUUCAAUUUUGAUCAUGCUUUGGUGCCAGAAGAAGACAUUGAUUCUGUAAUUAAAUUAUUACAACAGCGUCGGGAAAAUAACUGCUAAGCUAAAUGUGUGUUGUGCUGCAACAGUGAUCACAUGACGAGAUGCCUGAGCCAUGUAGCUGGAUUGUCGGAACUGCAGUUUGCACUCUACACUUCUCGUUGGCUCUGCAAUCAGACGUACUAGCCAUAUGGAGAACAUUUUGGAUUGUAUGUUUUCUAAGGUGCUAGAGUAACUCCUUCCAGUGCCAAUGAGCUGAAAUCUUACUGAAAGCAAUACUCUGUUAAAUACUGACCAGAUAUUUUGAAUGUACUGAACAGGUUCUUAAUGAAUCCGAAAUGAGCAUCUAUUCCUAUGUUGUCAUGACUGCCUAUUUGGCUAAUUUACUUGAGUUUGUUACAUAUGCAAAGCCUAUUUUAUGCAUUUUACGAAAAAUAUUCAUUAUUGAAUGGUAACAUUCUCCUUUUACGUAACAAGGUAACCUAUUGGUUUUUUCCUUAGUGAUUUUUUUCCCUAAUCUCUUAGUUUUACAAUGCAAAAGUAGUUGCUACUUAUUACAACCAAUCUUGACCUUAUGAUUGUUAAUAGUUGAUCAACUAAAUGUUCAAAAACAAACUUUAAUGUUGAUCAAGAAGAGUUCCCAUAAUGAUUUAAUAUGCCCUUUAAUUGUACGUUCACAUUUUCCUAGCGAAGUGCAUUUUGUUGAAGGUGUUUUACCCAGUCCUUUCCCAGCUUAAGAAGGUGGUUUACUCAGAGCUUUCCCUGCUGUCUCCAACCUUUACAUUGAAGUAUAGAACUAAUUUUGCAUAUGUUCUCUAGCAUACAUCUGUAGCUACAUUGAAAAGCACAGUGAAGCUCAACAUUUUGGUUCUUGACUAGUGAUGAUGUAGAAGUUGUUGGCAUAAAGUUUAGUAUUAGUUAAUUUGAUAGUGGCCUGUCGGUGCUGUUGCCAACUGUAAAGUACGUACUUUACCCCCCUCUGUUAUAUGUCGUUCAUUUCCACAGUCACUGUUUGUUCUAUACUACUUUCAGGCUUGCACUCGUCCUCAUGCCAAACAGUAUUUCUCCUGCAUAGUAUUAUGCAGCAGAUAUUGUAGACGGCUCUAGCUAUGCACUUUUACACAAAAUAGAUGCAACUCCUUUUUUUAUUUUAAACAACGUAAAGGGCAAUUUCUAAAACAUGAUGUAAUAUACCAGCAUCAGGAUGUAUUCUUUGUGCAUUAUUCAAUGUAUUUUAAGAGUGCCUUAUUACGGAAAGGAAGGCCACUGUCUCCACACACUUUCUGUGCAAAUGCUGUUACCACUUAAUUUUGUUAUAAUGAUGCAGAAUAAUGCAGAAUCAUGCUAUAAUUUGUGGGGAAGGGGGGGGGGGGGGGUCUCAUAAGGCAAAAUGUAUUCCUUUUUGGGAAAGGGAAUGUAUUUGCAUUGGAUAAUAAAAUCAUGAACAGAAUCUGCGUAUUGUCUCUCUGAUUUCUCUGUUUCCUGUUUUUGUGCAACACCUGAAAGGUGGUUUGAAAGAAACUCUCCAAUAUCUCUUCUGAGCGUCUGUUAAGAAUCACUGUAAAUGCUGCUGUUUUCACUGAAUAAAGAGAUCUUUCCGUUUGUUUUUAAAGGGACACUAUAUAGAACAAUUUUUUUUUUAU